UGGCACACAUCUAAUUUCUCCGCACAGUAAUGCUUCCAAAUUCCUUGUGAUCGACCCGUAGUGAUGGAGUCGAGGGUGGACAGUAGUGGGGGCCAGCCGAACACCAUUAUGAUCCAGCUGGUGUCCCAGCAGCCGAGCUCCAGCGGACAUGCACAGGCCAUGCCCAUCUCGGUGCAGGCGAUUCCCCUGUUUCCCGGCUCCCGAACAGCCAACGAGCAGUCUCGGCCAUCGGACUCCUUAUCCCCCAAUAUGAGACCGCCGGCCAAAGCUCCUCCCCGAAUGCACUCAAGAAUCCGACCCGAAAUGUGCGCUCCACCCAAACGGAUGUCUUCGCAGAAUGAGUUCAAGUGUUCCUAUCCGCGGUAUUCCUCCAGUGGAGUUAACCAACCGCCGGUGCGGUACGUGGUCCGUUCAGCGGACCGGAUGCUCCCCAUCUACAUUCCUUCACCUCGCACUGCCAGCAAUUCUCUGGGCAAUGUGCGGGGUGGGCGGAUGGAAGGGGAGUGUCCUUGCUGUGGCGUUCCAUUGAUUCCGGGAAAGGAGACUUUGGGACUUCUUCCACCACAAGAAAAAGAGAACCUUGGUCGCCGAGAUCAGGCCACCAAUACCGAUGGCCAAACGGAUCUGGUGGACCUACAGACGAUCUGCGAGUCCUUGGGUCGUGCUGUAAUGGCAGCAGCCAUGGCAGCCAUGGAAUCAGCUCAGAAAAACCAUUUGGAAAAACCCACACUCGUUAGUAGAAGUACUGGUCCUGAGAGGUCCAAGGACCCAACCAAUAUUACUUUUCAGAAGCACACACAAUCGCCCUCACAAAACAAGCAGAAACAGUUGGAAGCGGAGAUUACUGGUGAUGAAACAACAUCAGCGGAUGAGAAAAUUGUCUCGGAUGAUGAGAAACGCGUAUCCCAGCAUAAAACCAGCUUUUUGAACACAGUGCUCGUAGGAAGAAAGCUGACUAUUGGUGAAAAGUCUUCAGAUGAGAUGCUGGAACUGACGAUACCUUCACGUCUAUCUGAUGGACGUUUCCACGUGGAAUAUCCCAAAACACCCAGACCAACACCGGAGUUCAUUCGGGCAUCUGUGAACAUACCCUAUGGAUCCGCGUCAGAGCAUUCCCGCCUGAAUUCCGGUGCCUUGGAAACUGGGGGGACUCCCAUCGGGAAUAGCAACAUAAUCAGUAUGUGCCAGCGAGCUGGUCUUGUCCUGGCAAAGCCAUUGACUUCUGCAGGGAAACCUUUAGUCGGAAAUCAAGUCUCUGCAUUGAUUGCAGCUGAAGAUUUCCGGAGUGUCUCGAUUAGGAGAAGGUUCCCCACGGAAAAGCUCCCUCCAGCUAAAACUACAGAGACUUCUGGCCCAACAUCCCCCAACUCAUCCCUGACUGCAGUAAAACAGUCAGAGGAUCCAUAACCUACAUUAUUGUAAUGCAAAAUUUAAAGUACUUUUAACGAAACAUAUAUUCUAGUCGAAUAAAAGAAUUUAUAAAACUAAA